CGUUAGCAGCAGCGCAGCGCGCAGCAGCAAGAUCCGCGAGGAGGUGACCAUGUCGGCGGCGACGGCGCAGGCGCAUCCGGCGAUGGACGCACGCGGGUGGGACGAGGCGGCGUACCGGCGGGGCAUACUGCGGGGGCGCGACCUCUCCUGCCGCACCCUCUUCCGCGCCGUCUUCUUCGACCACAGCGAUGAACCGGACCCCGACGUCCUCCUCGCCGCCGCCUCCAGCGACGGCUCCCUCGCCUCCUUCUCCCUCUCAUCCUGCAUCUCCUCCGCAACCGCAACCCCCUCCCAGCCGGACGCCGCCGCGCUGGUAGACCCCGUCUGCAUCGUGCAGGCGCACAGAGGCCCCGCUUACGACGUCAGGUUCUACCCCGAUCCGCAGCAGCCGCUGCUCUUCAGCUGCGGGGACGACGGCCGCAUCCGGGGCUGGAGGUGGCACGAGAUGCAGAGCUGCCUUGUGCCGCUCUCCCUGCAAGGGGAUCAUCUAGAACCAGCACUUGACUUGGUCAACCCUCAACACGAAGGUCCUUGGGGUGCUCGCUCUCCAAUACCUGAAAACAAUGCCAUUGCAAUUAACAAGCAGGAAGGAUCUAUUUUUGCAGCAGCGGGUGAUGCAUGUGCUUACUGCUGGGAUGUGGAGAGUGGUAAAUGUAAAAUGACAUUCAAGGGGCAUACUGACUAUUUGCACAGCAUUGCAGUUCGUGAGGCAAACCGCCAGGUGGUAACUGGAUCAGAGGAUGGGACUGCCCGUAUCUGGGAUUGCAGAGGUGGGAAGUGUACUCAGGUUAUACAUCCAGUAAAGAACAAGGCAUUUAAGAGCUCAUGGGUCAGUUGCGUUGCUAUUGAUGCAAGUGAAAGUUGGCUGGCUUGUGGCACAUCUAGUGGCGUAUCAGUUUGGAGUCUUCUUUCAAAUGAAUGCGUCUUUAAUUUGGAUUGUCAUGCUCCUGUUCAAGACUUGUUGUUUGACAAGAACCAAAUUUUAGCAGUUGGUGCUGAACCUGUGCUCUCUCGUUUCACAAUCAAUGGGACUGUUCUUUCGCAAAUAAAGUGUGCUCCCCAGUCGGCGUUCUCUGUCUCUAUCCAUUCAUCCGGGAUAGCAGCUGUAGCCGGAUAUGGAGGUCUGGUGGAUGUGAUCUCAGAACUUGGGAGCCAUUUGUGCACAUUUGGUAGCCGGGGCUUGGACAAGUAAACUAUCCAUGAGCAGCGACACUCUUCUAACAUCGCGUAGUGGCGGAGAAUGCAACUUCCAAGAUCACACUUAGCCUUGCUAUGCAGCGUGAUGACUGUACUUUUUUCGCUGCUGUUGUGCUAGGUUCUUUCCAUGUUGUACCUGACAAUGCUUUACUGAUCAAUAUGUUCCAAGACGUUAAGCAGUUGGGGAGUUCUACGAGUUCAAAUAAUGUUCAAAAAAGUCCGUUCAAAUUCU